AUGCUACUCCAACCAACCCCAAACGCAGUUCAUCUUCUCGGUCCCACCCAUCACCUCGUGUCCAUCAUCUACGUCCGUCUGCAUCUCAACAAGAAGACCACAGAAAAGGUGCCGUACAGCAAACUGGCUGGUGUGUCGCUGCUGAAGCCCCUCAAGGGUGUGGACCCCAAUCUCAUAAACAAUCUGGAGACAUUUUUCGAGCUGGACUAUCCCAAGUAUGAAAUUCUGCUGUGUGUCCAAGACCAUGAUGAUCCAGCUAUCGAUGUUUGUAAAAAGCUGCUGGGCAAAUAUCCCAAUGUUGAUGCCAGGUUAUUUAUAGGGGGUAAGAAAGUUGGCAUCAAUCCAAAAAUAAAUAACCUCAUGCCAGCUUAUGAAGGGGCAAGGUACGAACUCGUCUGGAUCUGUGACAGUGGCAUUCGAGUGAAGCCCGACACUCUCACUGAUAUGGCUAAUCAGAUGACGGAGAAGGUGGGACUGGUUCACGGUCUUCCUUACGUGGCGGACAGACAAGGAUUUGCCGCCACAUUGGAGCAGGUUUAUUUUGGAACGUCACAUCCUCGUUCCUACAUCUCGGCCAAUGUAACGGGAAUCAAGUGCGUCACGGGGAUGUCGUGUCUCAUGAGGAAGGACAUCCUGGACCAAGCGGGCGGGCUGAUUGCGUUUGCUCAGUACAUCGCUGAAGAUUACUUCAUGGCCAAGGCCAUCGCAGACAGAGGAUGGAAAUUUUCCAUGGCAACGCAGGUAGCCAUGCAGAAUUCUGGCUCGUACUCCAUUGCACAAUUCCAGUCUCGCAUGAUCAGAUGGGCCAAACUGAGAAUCAACAUGCUGCCAGCCACCAUCAUCGAGCCCAUCUCCGAGUGCUUUGUGGCCAGUCUUCUCAUCGGCUGGGCCGCCCACCACGUGUUCCGCUGGGACAUCAUGGUGUUUUUCCUGUGCCAUUGCCUGGCCUGGUUCAUUUCGGAUUACAUCCAGCUGAGAGGAGUACAGGGCGGUCCUCCAUCCUUCUCCAAGCUGGACUACGCAGUGGCCUGGUUCAUCAGGGAGUCCAUGACAAUUCAGAUUUUCUUGUCCGCUCUUUGGGACCCCACCAUCAGCUGGAGGGCGGGACGCUACCGAUUGCGUUGCGGAGGUACAGCAGAGGAAAUCUUGGACGUUUAAACGGCACCGUGUGCCUAGGACUUUGCACUGAUGUGUACAUGGACACAGAACUAUGAGAAGAAGUGGGCGCAGAUGGGGGGAGGGGUUAUUCCAACUUCUGCUAGUUUUUAACCUGUUACUUUAGCAAAUAGACUAUUUAUGUCCUUGGUGCUUUUUUUGUUUUCCUGUGCGGUCUCUUAACAAUUUGAGACCUCGUUCUAGAUGAGCCAAAAGUUAUGAAGGGGUGAAGAAGAAGAGGAGGCGGCACUUCAGCGGGCAUCAGUAACCCUGAUAAAAACGUAUCUAAAUGUAACUUUUUUUUUAUUUAAAAAAAAGUUGUGCAAACAUGUUUAGUGGUGGUUUAACAGCUGUCUCGUGACAUAUCCAUUUUAUGAUGAGUUUGGAUGAAUGGUACUGUUUUUAACGGUAAUAGUGAGGUGGAGAAUGACUGAAGUCUUUUAAAAUGGCACUAGCGCAUGAAUGGAUCACUUGCUUAUCACAGUGUUGCUCUCAACAUACAGCACUCUUGCCAUAUUUGAUACAUUUUUGGACUUCUGAAUGCUCAAAACGGAUCCACUCAGGUCCAUUUUAUGUUUACUGGACAGAGCAAUAUCUUCUGUAGAGGUUAUACAUAGGGAAUUGUGGCAUACUGACGAUCGAUCCUGCAUUCUCCCUGCAGUAUUCGAGCACGAGGUUUACUCCUCAACAUGACAUCUGCAGAUUUAAUCGCAUAUCUUCUGAAAUGUAGUGCCAUUUGAAGAGUAAGCGGUUUUAUUGUUAUAAUUUUGGCAUCUUUAAUGCCAACACCAUGGCUUUUCUUCAAGGUCUUUUGUCUUCCCGUGCUUCAUUCUCUGCAGUAGUUGCUCUCGUACCAGGAUCAGAGUUUGCUAAAACACAUUUCCUGCCCUGCUGUUGUUUGUUUGAGAAGCUGUCAGUAUUUUCCUGACGUUUGACUGGAUAUAAAUGCAUAAACUGUCCGAUCAUUUCAUCCGAUGCCAUUUCAGUUAGUCGAUUAAACCAAAUUCUGUUGACGUAAAGAGUUUGAGAAGUUAAAGUUUACUCGUUUUUUUUUUUGAGUUGAAACAAUUUGGCAUGAGUGGCAUGAAAACUGGCAAACAUCUACAUUUACACUCUGUUACAUUUCAAAAUAUGACAGUCGCACAGUGUGCUAUUUGGCUAUACUCAUUCCCCAACAACAUAUAUACUCUUACAGUCAAACAGUAUUCACGAAACAAUUGACAUUCUUCUCCGUGUUCUCCUUUUUUUCCACGGUUUUAUCUUGAGGAAGUGCUAAUCUCUGUUUCGUACUGCCAGCACUUUGUUGUUAAACUGCUCUUUCUGUAUUUCCAUCAUUUCUUGACUCUUUCUUUACCGCCAUGCAUUCAUAAAUCAUGAUCGUGAAGGACCCAUGCCAGCACUGGCAGUAUUGUUUCACAGAUGCUACUCUACUCAUGAACUGUUCAAGCCUUGUUGUUAAUUGAAAACCAUUAUAUGUGAUUCAGGAAAAACACGUUGGCUUGAGCCAUGUGCACGUGUCUUCAUAUUCCAUCAGCUGCCAUUUAGAAAGUUAUAAACACUGUUUUAGUCCAAUGCCAAACGCUGCAUUGUGUUUUUGUUCUGGUGUUGGUUUGUUAUUUCUAAUUUGAAUACAUCUGAUUUUGUUCUACUACUGAAGACUUUGGGCUGACUAUUAGAAAUAAACGUAUGUUUUGUGCAUGAGGCCACGAAAUGAAUGCCAUUUGUUCGUAUCAUGGCAGUUGAAGUAUUAAAAGUUGGGGAUCAAUCAAUUAGCAAUAAUCAUAUACAUUAUUAUUAGUUUUACUGUAUUCAGACUGUGAGACGAAAGCAAGCUUCCAAACCCAUUUUCUUGUCCAGUUGUGGUAUAAUAAACAUUUCAGAUUUUGUUGACCAUUAGACAUUAAUCAUACCUCAGAACAGCAGUGGGCCUCAUCCAUGAAACACGAACAGAGUUUUUGCGAGAUCAUUCGAAUGUAAACUACAUGGAAUUAAAUCCAUUUAAUAAUUGGUAAAGCGAUUCUUCUGUAAAUUGGAAUUGGUUUUACAAAUUAUUCAAUGGAAGUGGACCAUUUAGAUACGAACAGUUUUAUGAAUUAUUCAGUUUGGUGUGCCAGUUUAUGCAAACAAGGUUUUGCGAAUUAUUCCACUGAUUCUUUCGUAAAUAGCUGCAUUGAAAUGAAUAAUUUCACAAAACCAUUUUUCAAUCAAAUUGUUGCGUCGAAUUGCGUAAUUUCAUGAAUUCUUGCAUAAUAGUAGCAUUUGAUUGAAUAAUUAGUUCAAACCAUUCUUGCAUAAAUGAUUGCAUUGAAUUCUGCGCUAUUAUAAUAAAAUAAUAGUUUCAGGAAAAGUUAUUACUUAACAACAGACGUUUUAUGAAUGAUUAACAAAUUCAUUCUGCUUUUGAAUAAGGCCCGAUGUGUUGUAGUUCUGCACCAUUGGUAAAACUGAAUGUACCUUCGCAUGAACAUGUGACUAACUUUUCUUUCAUCGUCUUAUCGGUAACACCUGAAACACCACAGUAGAAACUUUAACAUUUUUUUUUAGGGAAGGGGAAAGCUGUUCUUCAGUUCCUCUCUUUGACUUUCAACCAUAUCGGCUUAUGUUAUAUA